AUGAGGUGCUUCCGCUGCCUGGAGCCGGGCCACAUGGGGGUCAAGUGCACCUGUGAGUUCAACCGCAGCCAACUGUGCUUCCGCUGCGGACAAUCGAACCACAGGGCACGGGAUUGUGACGCCAAGCCUCACUGCCCAGUGUGUGAGGCUGCGGGCAAGCCGGCGUCACAUUCGAUCGGUGGGAGCGGCUGCGUUUCUGCGGCAAAGCCAAGACACCAGGCCCCAGAGAGGAAAAGCGCCCCGAAGACCAAGGGGAAGCGCAAGGCCAAGAAGGCCAAGGCCAAGAACACCGGGGCGGAGCAGAUGGACACCGUUCCUUUAAUGGACAGAGCUCCGCCCUAA